AUGACCUUAAUAACUGCCCUUCUUGUAUACAUGUCACGUGAGAGUAACAGAACUGCACUAGCUGUAAAAGCCGGCAACCGUACUGCCGACCGCCGACCCAACAUCCAAUCACAAGGCCCCAAUUGCAUUCACCCCGAUCACCAACUUCCGGCAGAAGCCUCAACUCCAACUGCACCAGCACCGGCCCAAGCCCAUUACACCUCCAUCUCCGUCCUCACCGACCUCAACCGACUUUGCGAAACGUGCCGACCCAGAAAAGGGCACAAGAAGACCGAAAUGCCGACCCCCGAAUCCGCCGCCUUCCUCGCUAAAAAGCCUACCGUCCCGCCGACCUACGAGGGUGUGGACUACGAAGACAACGUCGCCGUCCACAAUGCCCGCGAUGCUAUUAUCCGCGAGCAAUGGGUCCGCAGCAUGAUGUCGCGACUUGUCGGAGAGGAAUUGGGGAAGUGUUAUGCGCGUGAGGGCGUGAACCACCUCGAGAAGUGUGGGAAGUUGAGGGAGAAGUACUUCGAAUUGCUGAGCGAGAGGAAGAUUAAGGGAUACCUGUUCGAGGAGAAGAACUAUUUCUCAAAGUCGACGUAA